GAGGGCUGGACUGGGGUCAGUGAGGAUCCUUUAUUAUCCACCUUAAAGUCAACUUCAAGGAGCUGACACCACUCUGAGUUCACUCUGACAGAGUCCAUUCAACACAACAUGUCUGACACAGAAGACGUUGUGGAGGAGGAUGUUCAGGAGGAGGAAGAUGAUUCAAAACCCAGGCCAAAGUUUAUGACCAACAUCUCAGUUCCCAAGAUCCCAGAUGGGGAGAAAGUGGACUUUGAUGACAUCCACAGAAAGCGCCAGGAGAAAGACCAGUCUGAGCUGCACUCUCUAAUCGAGGCUCACUUCGUCCAGAGGAAGAAAGAGGAGGAGGAGCUUAUUGCACUUGUCAACAGAAUCGAGAAGCGUCGUACAGAGAGAGCAGACCAGCAAAGGGUUCGAGCUGAGAAGGAGAAGGAAAGGCAGAUCAGACUAGCGGAGGAGAGGGAGCGCAAAGAGCAAGAGGAACAGCGCAAAAAGCAGGAUGACGAUGCCAAGAAGAAGAAAGUCCUAAUCAACAUGGGACCAAAGACUGACAACAAGAAAGGUGGCAAGAAACAGACAGAGAGAGAGAAGAAAAAGAAAAUCCUGGCAGAGCGCAGAAAGCCACUCAACAUAGAUCAUUUGAAUGAAGACAAACUCAAGGACAAAGCAAAUGAACUGUGGAAGUGGCUGAUGGGACUUGAGUCAGAGAAAUUCGACCUGACAGAAACACUGAAAAGGCAGAAAUAUGAUAUCAACCUGUUACUGGCACGCGUCCAUGAUCAUCAGUCUGCCAAAGGUCGUGUUAAGGGGAAGAUGAGUGGCCGUUUGCGGUGAAAAAUUGGACAAAAUGUGGCAGAAUCUAACAAAAGCACUUAGAUUUUACGUUACACUAUGUUUCUCCAUGUUUGUGUGCAUCUACAGUAACAAGUCUGAUCUCAGUAAAAAUCAUGUCUAUCUUAUGUAGUGCAUAUUAAUAAAGUCUCAAUGUAUG